AUGCUAACUAACCUAUCUUACUACUUAGGUGAUUCAGGCUAUCCUUUGGAACCAUGGCUCUUGACACCAAUACCGAAUGCUCCAAAUGGAUCACCUGAGUAUAUAUAUACCGCUGCACAUUGUAGUGCCCGCUCAGUUAUAGAGCGAUGUUUUGGUGCACUCAAAUCGGUAUGGAGAUGCUUGUCACAUCAACGUUUAUUAAUGUACGAGCCUGAUAUGGCGGGAAGAAUAAUCAAUGCUUGUGCCAUGUUGCAUAAUAUGCGUUUGCAUUAUCGAAUACCAUUUAAAGAGAUCGCCGAGGAAGAUGUCGCACAGGCUAAUGCUAUGCCAGCACCCGGACCUUAUAUUGCUGAACCUCUUGAAGGAAGAGCACGCCUUGCUGAGGGACGCCGUGUACAACAGCAACUUAUCCGAGACAACUUUAUGCACUUGUAGUUGGCGGUGUAUAUGUGACUUCGUGAAAAAUCCGGAAAAUCAUAUGAAAUACAGUAGCGCCCAAAAGUAUUUUGACAAACAUAGUAAUUGAGUUAAUCACAUGCAAGAAUAAACUACAAAAAUCAAUAAUAUUAUUUGUUGAAACAAAUUCGAUGUUCUAUAUAGUUGUUAAAAAUGAUCUCUCGAUUACUCGAAAAUAAAGUUGAAAUAAAUAAAAGUAAGAGAAACGAUCGAUCAAAGUGAUAACGAAUUUUAUAUUCUCAAAAUACUUUUGAGCAUUACUGUAUGUUUGUGGUGAGACUUGAUAGAUAUAUAUCUUAUACCAUAUCUCUAGCGUUGAGAUGUCCUGUACGUGACGAAAAUUGUAUAUAGUUUGAAUUUUUUUGAAU